UUCUCUAUUUAUAUUGGUUUUGAUGAUUAAGAAGUUGUAAUAAUAACCCUUAUCUUUAAUUCUUCAAACUGUGAUUGAUACUGUUUAUUUUGUUACUUUAAUCAGAAGAUACUUGUAGGCUCUCAGUUUCUGCUCGUGAUUAAAUGCCUCUGUCCUUCUGUUGUUGAAUUCCCAUGAAUUCCAUGGAUGCUCAUGUGGGUGUGUUUGCGGGCAUGCGUGUGUUUAUAAAAUUAAAAAUGCAUAAUCCAAAUUGGAAAAGGGACACAGGCUAUCAGUGUUUUUGUGGGUAUUGCUGAUUUAUUUUUCUAAUUUGCUGUUUUGGAUCAACAAGUGUUAUUAGGAGUUUACCUAAUUAUGGGGAACCAAAUACUCUGGUUGGCAUUUUGUUUCUGGGUUUUGACAUGCCUACUUCUUCCUGCUACCUCUGAUGGCCUAGUGAGAAUAAGUUUGAAGAAGCGUCCUCUGGAUCUCGAUAGCAUUAAUGCUGCUAGACUUGCAAGGCAGGAAGGAAAAUCAGGAGUUGGUAGACACAGCGAGCUUCAUAAUUCAGAUAUAGAUAUAGUACCUCUUAAAAACUAUUUGGAUGCUCAGUACCUGGGAGAAAUUGGUAUUGGCUCGCCCCCACAGAAGUUCACUGUCAUAUUUGAUACUGGCAGUUCCAAUCUUUGGAUUCCAUCAUCAAAAUGCCACUUGUCUCUUGCCUGCUAUUUCCAUUCUAGGUACAAGUCAAGUCGAUCCAGUACAUAUGCCAGGAAUGGAACAACUUGUGAAAUACAGUAUGGAUCUGGAUCAAUUGUUGGUUUCUUUAGUCAAGAUAAUGUUGAAGUUGGAAAUCUCAUUGUCAAGGAUCAAGUUUUCAUUGAGGCUACACGAGAAGGAAGUCUCACAUUUGUCUUGGCAAAGUUUGAUGGAAUUCUUGGGCUUGGGUUUCAGGAAAUCUCAGUUGGGAAUGCUGUUCCUGUGUGGUAUAAUAUGAUGCAGCAGCAACUUGUAGGCGAUGAUGUCUUCUCAUUCUGGCUCAACAAGGAUCCAGAUGCUGUAGAGGGUGGUGAGAUUGUUUUUGGUGGUGUUGAUGAAAAACACUAUAAGGGGAAACAUACAUAUGUUCCAAUUACCCAAAAAGGUUACUGGCAGUUCAGUAUGGGAGAUUUUCUAAUUGGAGACCAUUCAACAGGUGUCUGCCAAGGGGGUUGUGCUGCAAUUGUGGAUUCAGGAACAUCCUUGCUUGCUGGUCCAACAGCUAUUGUGACUGAAAUCAAUCAUGCCAUUGGAGCAGAAGGGAUUGUGAGUGCUGAGUGCAAGGAAGUGAUUACACAGUAUGGAGAGUUAAUAUGGGAUCUACUGAUAUCAGGGGUACAACCUGGUAAAGUAUGCUCACAGCUUGGUUUAUGCAUUUUCAAUGGGGCUCAGUAUAAGAGCACUGUGAUUGAAUCAGUGGUUGAGAAGGAAAACAAGGAGGAAUCGUCUAUUGGGGAUGAUCUUCUAUGCACAGCCUGUGAGAUGCUUGUCAUUUGGGUCCAGAAUCAACUAAAACAAAAGAAGACAAAGGAGGCAGCACUCAACUAUGUGAAUAAGUUAUGUGAUAGCCUGCCAAGUCCAAUGGGAGAGUCGGUGAUCGAUUGUGACAGCGUUUUAAGCAUGCCAAACAUCACUUUUACCAUAGGAGAUAAACCUUUCAAUCUCACUCCAGAGCAGUAUAUUCUGAAAACUGGAGAUGGCAUUGCAGCAGUUUGCAUCAGUGGGUUCAUGGCUUUUGACGUACCUCCUCCAAGAGGUCCUCUCUGGAUUCUUGGAGAUGUGUUCAUGAGAGUGUAUCAUACUGUGUUCGACUUUGGUGAACUUCAACUUGGUUUUGCUGAGGCUGUUUAGUCAGCAAACCUUUUGUUAGGUUACAUAUUAUGAUCAGAUGCUCUGAUGGCAGAUAGUUAUGGUAUAGAUAUAAUGGAUUGUAGAGAGGUUUGUGCUUAUUGCUUGUUUAUGUCUACUGUGACAACAAAUGGAUUAACGUAUGCUGAUCUGAUGUUAAAAACUUCUAGUCUUAGUUGACACUAUGUAUGGGAGGAGGCUUUUGAAGAUGAAGUUUGAAGGUAAUUGUAAUUAGUUAAUAAGUUUGGAAGUAAAGCUAUUUUAAUUAGUCAA